AUGUCAGCGCUGAUGAGCAUGGCCCCACAGAAGGCCGUGCUGGCGGAGACGGGCGAGGUGGUCGACGCGAAGGAUGUUGAGGUCAACACCCUCCUCGCCGUCAAGGCUGGGGAGCUGAUCCCGAUCGAUGGCGUCGUCUUGGACGGGCGCUGCGAGGUGGACGAGAGCAGCCUGACGGGGGAGUCCUUCCCUGUCCCCAAGCAUCCCCUGUCUCAAGUCUGGGCCGGCACCCUCAACAUCAACGGUGAGCCGUCUCCACGUUGACUUCUUGAGGAUUCUAAUUCGAUGAGUUAACCCCGCCCCCCGGCAGGUUACGUCGCCGUAAGAACCACUGCCUCGGCUGAGAACUCCGCCGUGGCGAAGAUGACGAAGUUGGUGGAGGAGGCCCAGAACAGCAAGUCCAGGACCCAAAGGAUCAUUGACUCCUGCGCCAAGUACUAUACACCAGGUGAGGAUCCCACAGGGAGUUUGACCUUGGCUCGGCGCUCGACAUGGGGCUUUCUGUUUAUAUUAUACUCGAAUCUGUCCUUGUCACAGCGGUUGUGCUGGCAGCAGCCCUCGUCGCCGUCGUUCCCACAGCAGCCAGGGCCGACAACGUGAAGCACUGGCUCCGCAUGUCGCUGGUCCUCCUGGUGUGCGCAUGCCCUUGCGCGCUGGUGCUCUCCACCCCCGUGGCCACCUUCUGCGCCCUCUCGAAGGCCGCUAAGAGUGGGGUGCUAGUCAAGGGCGGGGACAUCCUCGAGGCCCUGGCGAACACCAGGGUCGUCGCCUUCGACAAGACGGGAACAGUCACCAGAGGAGAAUUCACCGUGGUGGAGUUUCGGGCGAUCGGGAAAUCCCCCGACGUGCACUCCCUUCUCUACUGGUGAGUGAGCACAGAGGUCCCAGUGAAAUCCAAGUCUCAGAGCAUCGACUUCCUGGGUAGUGGUUCUUCUCACCUGUUUGAUCUUGCAGGGUGUCAAGCGUCGAGAGUAAGUCGAGCCACCCGAUGGCAGCUGCGCUCGCCGAUUACGCGCGCUUCAGUUCCAUCGAGCCGAGACCUGAGAAUGUGAAGGAGUUCCACAUGUAUCCCGGAGAAGGGAUCUACGGGGAGAUCGACGGGCAUCAGAUAUACGUUGGCAACCAGAGAAUCGCUGCUCGGGCGGGGUGCGCAGCAGGUUGAAGAAGACGAUCUCUACCUUUUGAAAAAUGGCCUAUUCGUAUUCUGUUUUUUUUAAUCCCCAACCUAACGGAUUUUUGGAUCUGCAGUUCCGGAGGAGGUCGAGAUGGAGAUGAAAGGGACGACGGUCGGGUACGUCUUCUCCGGUGGGGUACCCAUCGGAGUAUUCAGCCUCUCUGACACUUGCCGGACUGGCGCCGCGGAGGCGGUUAUAGGGUUGAAGCGCAUGGGCAUUAAGACGGCGAUGCUCACCGGCGACAGCAAGGCCGCCGCCAUGUCCGCACAAAACCAGGUAAGAUAUUCAUAUACAUUAUAUAAAAAAUGUCUUUUUUCUACUACUAUAACGUCCCGCCCUGCUAUCCGCCCGCAGAUGGGUGACGCCCUGGACAUGGUCCACGCUGAGCUCCUGCCGGAGGACAAGGUCAACAUAGUGAGGAACCUCAAGGUCAAAGAGGGCUCCAUUGUGAUGGUCGGAGACGGAAUGAACGACGCCCCCGCGCUGGCUGCAGCGGACGUGGGCAUCUCCAUGGGGAUAUCGGGGUCCGCCAUCGCCAUGGAGACGAGCCACGUCACCCUCAUGUCCAACGAUGUCCGUAAGAUCCUCGACGCCAUCCGCCUGGGGAGGAAGACCCAUCGCAAGGUCGUCCAGAACAUCGUCAUGUCGGUGGUCACCAAGGCCGCCAUCAUCGCACUGGCCUUUGCGGGACGCCCGCUCUUGUGGGCCGCCAUCCUCUCCGACGUCGGCACCUGCCUCCUGGUCAUCUUCAACAGCAUGCUCCUGCUGAACUCCAGCCGGAGAAAGAAAAGCAGAUGCUGCGGCUCCUCACACAAGAUGCACUCCAGCAGGAAUGGCGUCCAUCACCACGCCGGGCUCCGCUAUGGUCAUGCUGACCCAUGCGCGGCGGCUGGAGAGAGUUGCUGCUCUCGUUUCCCCGACCGUGAGACAGAGGCGGCAACAGCUGUUGGGAAAUGCUCCGGCGAUGGUACGCACAGCCACGGAUAUCCUGACGACCACAGUCAUCACCACCUCCACGAGCACGACCACGGCCACCACGACUCUCAUGUGCAAGAUGACAAUCAUCAUCACCAUGUCCACCCCCACGGCCAGGACCAUAACGAGUCUGGUGCGCACUCAGAGGACGAAGGGAGAAACGAAUGCCAUUCCAUCUCCAUGAGUGCCGUGGAAGGCCGCCGCGACGACUGCUGCGCAACGACGGCCGCUGAAAACCCGCACCACAGCUGCUGCUCCCGCGAGGACGGGCCGGCGGUGCACGUCAAUGUGGACAAGCCGGGACGCUGGAGCUACGCCGCGUGCGACGAGGCCGUUGUGUGUACGGCGACGUGCCACUCCCAUCAUUCCUGCCGCGACUUCCGGAACCGACCGGUGUCAGCCUGCUGCCAGAGCAACUGCGGCACCCUCUACUCGAGCGGGUGCGAGGGGGAUCUUUGCUGCGUGGCCGGCGGCGGCGGCGGCGGCGGCGGCAGCAACCUGCCCCAGCUCAAGGAGAUCUUCACCGAGUAG